GGCGGACGGCUGACCCUGCGGACUUUGUAAACUUGCAGCAGCAUACCUGUGAAAGACAGGCGCACAUUAAUGCAUUAAUACACAAAAGCUCGUCCUGCGGUGAUUUUUAAAUCCUCGGGGAGAAACAGCCUCACUCCACUGUUGACCUUCAUGGUGGAUGAGCACAAUGUAUCUUCCCCUGAGCUUCAGAAAAUGAACUCCUCUCUGUGUGUCUCUGCAGCGGUUAUGUAUCACCUGGCGGCAGACCACCAACUUAAUACCAGCUGCAACUGCUCCUCUGCCCUUUCGAACUGGACGGUGAGGGGCGAUGCCCCGCAGCUGCCCAUAUUCAGCACAGCGGCCAAAGCGAGAGUGAUCAUCACCUUCAUCCUCUGUGGCAUAUCUGCCUUUUGCAACCUGGCCGUGCUGUGGGCGGCGCGCAUAGAUGGGAAGCGAAAAUCCCAUGUCAGGGUGCUGAUUGUCAACCUGACGAUGGCGGAUCUGCUUGUGACCUUCAUUGUGAUGCCCGUAGAUGCGGUGUGGAACAUCACAGUUCAGUGGCUUGCCGGAGACUUUGCCUGCAGGAUGCUGAUGUUUCUUAAGCUGCAGGCGAUGUACUCCUGUGCCUUUGUCACAGUGGUGAUCAGUUUGGAUAGGCAGUCAGCCAUCCUCAACCCUCUGGCCAUCAAUAAGGCCAGAAAGAGGAACAGAGUCAUGCUCACGGUGGCUUGGGUUAUGAGCGUUGUGUUGUCUGUCCCUCAGAUGUUCCUUUUUCACAGUGUGACCAUUGUCCAUCCUGAAGACUUCACUCAGUGCACGACACGGGGAAGCUUCGUCACUCGCUGGCACGAAACAGCCUACAACAUGUUCACGUUUUGCUGCCUGUUCCUGCUGCCGCUGGUCAUCAUGAUCACCUGUUACACCAGGAUCUUCUGUGAGAUCUCCAAACGGCUGAAAAAGGACAACUUACCUUCCAGUGAAAUGCACCUGCGGUGUUCAAAGAAUAACAUCCCGAGAGCCCGGAUGAGAACUCUGAAAAUGAGUAUUGUGAUUGUCUUGUCUUUCAUCAUCUGCUGGACUCCAUACUACCUGCUGGGCCUGUGGUACUGGUUUUUUCCCGAUGACCUGGAGGGGAAGGUCUCCCACUCGCUGACCCACAUCCUGUUUAUCUUUGGCCUUGUCAAUGCUUGCCUGGACCCCCUAAUCUAUGGCUUAUUCACCAUCCACAUCAGGAAGGGGCUUCGGAGGUUUUACACGAGCACUGCCACAGCAGCGGACCUGGAAAACAACACAGUCAUAACUGGGUCUUUUAGUUGUGCUGCCAACUCUUUGUCACUGAAACGAGAGUUGAACCCUGCCAGCCCUGAAAGGUUCAUGCUGUGCAAAGCAGAGUGGGUGCCACCAAGGAACAGCUUUCUAACAGCCACCAACAGCCGAGACAGAAAUACUCACCAGUCCGGCGCUGAGAGCAUCUUUUGAGAAGAAUACAGCAGAGGAACCCCUUACUGUUUUAUUUAUGCUUAUAUUUAUUCAGAUUAUUCAAAUUUAUUCAGUGUCUGGCAGUGUGUGAUGUGUGGGGUAUUCUCAUUCAUUUACGCUCACCAGCCACUUAAUUAGGUGCACCUGUGCAACUGCAUGUUAACACAAAUAAUCAGACAUGGUCAAGACGACCUGCUGAAGUUCAAACUGAUUGGCAAAAUGAGGAAGAAAAGUGAUUUAA